CGAUAAGAUAAGCAGACACAGCGAGCAUUGCCAAAUCGAGAAGGUCUGCGCGAUGGCCGGUGGAGCACAUUCGCCCAGAAAAAGCUGGGGAGACCACCAGCGAGACAGAGCGAGCGCCUGUCUCCAGUCAUGCCAAUUUGUCAUAAGCCAUCCCGAGUUGAUAAGCUUAUCAAAGGCAACUGGGAUAAUGAAAUGUGAGUAAUAAGGAUUUGUGCCGUGGGGAGUUUCGGAAUGUCAUUGUGGCGAUUGGAGGACGGAGUUGAGAUAUGGACAUGUGACUCUUCAGCCUCAUCCUCUCUUCAGGUGAACUGGUCUGUUCUCCCUCUCUGUCUUCUGCUAUUGUCUAUCCUUCCUUUCUCUUCCCAUGCCUUCAGACAUGUCAAUUUACCAGCCCAUGGUUUUGGGUCUAGGUUGAUCAAUACCAAGCCAUUGGAGGUUAGUGAUCCGUUGACCAUGUCCUAUAGUCGCAGUUGAAGGUUGAUGGAAUAUCCAGGUAGAGUGUUGAGGCAC